AUGGAUUAUUAAGAAGAAUUGAAUUAAAAAGAUCAAACAAUUAAAUUAUUAGAAGAAGAAAGAAAUACAUUAAUAUAAAAUACAAAUGAAUUAUAAACUAAUUAAAUUGCAUUAGAAAAAGAAAUCACAAGAUAAAAAACUAAUAUUGCAAAUUAUGAAGCUGAACUAAUUGAAUUGCAUAAAGAAAGAAAAUCUUGUGAUGAAUAAAUUUAAAAAUCAUAGAUAUAAAUAGAAUCUUAUGAAUAAUAGAUUACAUUACUUAAUGAAGAUCUAAAGAAAGUCACAAUUCAAUGUGAUGAAGCAUUAUAGUAACUCUAAUAAAUUUAGAGUAGACAUGAAAUUGAAAUUAAAACAUUACUUGAUUAAUUGAUAAAUGAGAAAGAGAAAAUUAAUGAAAUCAAUGAUGAAAAUCUACUUAUUAUUAAUAGUAAAUAAAAUGAAAUCGAUUUAUUAAAUCAAAAACUUAAUGAACUUUAAAAAAUAAUUCAAUCUAAUCUUGAUGAUUAUAAAUUAAAUAUCUAAUAAUUCAAUUAAUAAAUUGAAUUAACAAAAUAAACAAAAGAUGAUGAAUGGGAAUAGACUGUUAAAUUAUUAUAAAAUGAAAUUGAUGAUUUAAAUAAAACAUUAUAUGAGAAAGAAUUAAAUAACAAAUCUGAUACUAAAAUUGAAGAAUUAAAUUAAUAUAUAAUAGAAUAAGAAUAAUCAUACAUUAAAUAAUUUAAUACUCAAGAAGAAAUAAUUAAAUAAUUAUAAAAUGAUAUUUUAAUAUUAAAUACUCAAUUAUAAGAAUAAUAAAAGUGUAAUUAAAGUUAACUUUUAGAAUUAGCAUAAUUGUAAUAAGAAUUACAACUUAAAAAUGAAAAUUGUUAAAAACUUACAAAUUAAAUAGAAGAAUAAAAAUAAAAAUAAAUAAUAUAAUAAUAAAAUAAUUAAUAAAAUACAAAUAAUAAUACUGCUGAAAAAAUGGUAACUAUUCCAAUGAAAGAAUUAUUGACAUGGGAUAAAAGAUCAAAAGAUUAAUAAAAUUAAAUUAAAGCUUUAUCUAAUGAAAUUUAAUUAUUAAAAAAUUAAUAAGAAGAACAAUUAAAAAUAUAAAAUUCUAAAUAAAUGAAAUCUAAUCUCUCAUUAGAAGGAAUGGUUUAAAAAUGUUCAGUUUUAUAAUAAAUCAUUGAUGAAACCAGUUAAUAAAAUUCUAAAAUUACUUCAGAACUUAAUACUUUUAAACUUUUAAAUCAAUAACUUAAAGAUGAUUUAUAAAAUACUUAAUAAGAAUUAAAAGAAUUGAGAGUGAUUGCCUAAGAUAAAUUUAGAUUAGAAGGUGAAUUAGCAUCUGCAUAUUUAUAAAUCUCAGAAAACAAAGAUCUUAUGAAGGUAAUAUUAAUAUAUGUUAAAGAUAGAAAUUUAAUGAACUUUAAUCUAAUUAUGAAAAUACAGAAGAAUAACUAGAAACAACUAAAAAAACAUUGAAAUAAAGUGAAUAACUUAGAAACAAUGUAUUUCAUCAAAUUUAUUAUAGUUAUAAAUAAAAUUAGAUGAAAUUACUAUUUAAAAUUAGAAAAUCUUAUUAGAAUUAACAAAUGUUAAACAAGAAAGAGAUUAAAAAAUAAUUAAAUUAAAAGACUUAGAAAAAUUAUUAUAAUCUUAAUUCUAAGAAUAUUCUAAUCUAGAAUCAAAAUAUAAAGAUUCAUAAAUCAACUAUGAAGACAUGUAAAGUUAAGUUAAAAUUUUACAAAAAAAAUACUCUCAUGUAAUUCAAUAAUCAUUAUAUUAGGAAACAGAAUAAUUAAAAGAGGAAUGUCUUUAAAAACAAAAAUCUAUAUUAAUAUUAGAAGAAACUAAUAAAUCUUUAAUUAAUGAUCUUUAGGCUCUAAGAGAAUUACAAUUUAGAUAAAAAGCAUCUGAAGCUCCUCUUACAAAAAAAGAAAAAAUUGUUGUAGAAUCCCUUUCCUUAAGAGUAUAAGAACUUGAAUUGGAAAAUAGAAAAACAAGAGACAUUAUGUCUGCUAAAAUUACUCAAUUAUAAAAUGAAUUAGAACAGAAAACAAACUAUAUUAAUUAGAUUGCUAAUUAAAUAACAAAAUAAAUUCCAUCUUUAUCAGAGUAAAAUUAAUUGGAUAAGGAAGAUGUCAAAAUGAUACAAUAACUUAAAAAAAAGAUAAAUAUUCAAGAAAUAUUAGAGGUAUCAAUUAUACUAAAAAUAUAGAAAACAUUAGUAGAAAAUUUACAAUUAAGAGACUAAAUAAAAGUGUUAGGAACUGAAAUCAAUAAAAGAAAAUGA